AUGCGUCGAGCCAAAAUCUUCGCAGGGACUUCUCACCAAGAGCUAGCACAUAGUAUCUGUGAAUGCGUCGGUAUUCCGCCUGCUCCAGCUACUCUCAAGAGGUUUAGUAAUAAAGAGACUUCAGUGGAAAUCGGAUGCUCUGUUCGCAACGAAGAUGUGUUCAUUAUCCAAUCCGGUUCAACAAAUGUCAACGAUCAUCUCAUGGAGCUACUCAUUAUGAUUGCAGCAUGCAAAGGUGCAUCGGCAAAGCGUAUCACGGCUAUCAUGCCGUAUUAUCCUUAUUCGAAGCAAAGCAAGAAGAAGAAAGCGCGAGGGGCUAUAGCAGCUAAAAAUCAUGUGAUUACGAUGGACCUUCACGCAUCUCAAAUGCAAGGCUUUUUUAACAAGCCAGUAGAUAAUCUAUCUGCCGAGCCGCGUAUUGUUCAGUGGAUAGAAGAUUCCGUUCCUGAUUAUGCUAACGGAGUAGUGGUCAGCAAAAAUGCUGGAGGAACAAGAAGAGUGACAUCACUAGCCGAUAGACUUAAGAUUGACUUUGCUCUUAUCCAUACAGAUUAUAAUCGUGGGCCGCAUCGUAAUUCAUAUGAUUUACCAGAUUCAUGUAUAUCGACCGAUGAAACUGAGAGACAUCAAUUGAUGAUUAGCCAAACGCUUCAUUCUACACAUAGUGAUAACGCGUCAACGUCCGCUGUGAAUAAUUAUGAUAAUGGCCAUGACAACGCUGCAGUGGGGGGCGAAUCGGCGUCACAUAGUGCAUCUGCGUCAGUAAUAGGAGAAAUUUUGACAGCUGCAGAUACGGAAACAGACAGGACAACUAGUUUGGUGGGAAACGUUACCGGGAAAGUUGCAUUUAUUGUUGAUGAUCAAAUAGAUAAAGCAACUUCUUUUAUUGCAGCCGCCGAGCAUCUAAAGAAAUGUGACGCCAAACGUAUAUAUGUAAUUGCUACUCACGGUAUAUUGAGUGGAGAUAGUAUCAAAAAUAUAGAGAACUGUUCAGCCAUACACAAGAGGCCAUCAGAAGAACUCAUUAUGGAGAAAGCAUUAGUUUUCUAUUCUAGCGAAAUAAUUCUGAGUUGUCCACAGUUGAUAUGUGUCGUUAAACAACAGUAUAUACAGAUGCGACUAGUGCAGCCAGGGGCUGCUGACAUGCCAGUUGGAAAAGAGUUGAUUAGCGCCAGUUCUAUAAAACCUUUUGGAUUACCAGGAUUCUUACGAACGCUGUGA